GCCUUGCAGCUGCGCAGUACUGGGGUUCAGGCUUAGUGGCGUCCCAGGUUGAGUGAAGACGUGGCCAGACAGAAGGCGGUGGACUUUGGUGGCCAGACAGAAGGCGGUGGACUUUGGUGGCCAGACAGAAGGCGGUGGACUUUGGUGGCCAGACAGAAGGCGGUGGACUUUGGUGGCCAGACAGAAGGCGGUGGACUUUGGUGGCCAGACAGAAGGCGGUGGACUUUGGUGGCCAGACAGAAGGCGGUGGACUUUGGUGGCCAGACAGAAGGCGGUGGACUUUGGUGGCCAGACAGAAGGCGGUGGACUUUGGUGGGGACUCUGAGUCAUAAUACAAUACGUCUCUUUCCACAACAACCAUGGCAACGGACGCAGACAAGUUCCUGUACGUGGACCGCAACAUGGUCAACAACCCUCUGGCCCAGGCAGACUGGGCCACCAAGAAGCUGGUAUGGGUGCCGUCGGAGCGGCUGGGCUUCGAGGCGGGAUCUGUGAAGGAGGAGCGAGGUGAAGAGUGCCUGGUGGAGCUGGCAGACUCUGGCAAGAAGGUGAAAGUCAACAAGGAUGACAUCCAGAAGAUGAACCCACCCAAGUUCAGCAAGGUGGAAGACAUGGCUGAGCUCACCUGCCUGAACGAGGCCUCGGUGCUGCACAACCUCAAGGAGAGAUAUUACUCUGGCCUCAUCUACACAUACUCUGGCCUCUUCUGUGUGGUUAUAAACCCCUAUAAGAAUCUGCCCAUCUACUCAGAAGAGAUUGUGGAUAUGUACAAGGGCAAGAAGAGGCAUGAAAUGCCCCCCCAUAUAUAUGCCAUCACUGACACAGCCUACAGGAGCAUGAUGCAGGACCGUGAAGACCAGUCCAUUCUUUGCACGGGAGAGUCUGGUGCUGGGAAGACGGAGAACACCAAGAAGGUCAUUCAGUAUCUGGCCCAUGUGGCCUCUUCCCACAAGACCAAGAAAGACCAGACCAGCUCGUUCCUGUCACAUGGUGAGCUGGAGAAGCAGCUGCUGCAAGCUAACCCCAUCCUGGAGGCCUUUGGAAACGGCAAGACUGUCAAGAACGACAACUCCUCCCGAUUCGGAAAAUUCAUCAGGAUUAACUUCGACGUCAACGGAUACAUCGUGGGGGCCAACAUUGAAACCUACCUGCUGGAAAAGUCCCGUGCCAUCCGCCAGGCCAAAGACGAGAGGACCUUCCAUGUCUUCUAUUACAUGCUCACUGGUGCUGGAGACAAACUGCGCUCCGAGCUGUGUCUGGAGGGCUACAACAGCUACCGCUUCCUGGUCAAUGGAAACGUGACCAUCCCUGGCCAGCAGGAUAAGGACCUGUUCACCGAGACCCUGGAGGCCUUUAGGAUAAUGGGCAUUCCAGAGGAUGAGCAGAUUGGUCUGCUGAAGGUGGUGUCUUCUGUGCUCCAGCUGGGCAACAUGAGCUUUAAGAAGGAGCGUCAUUCAGACCAGGCCUCCAUGCCUGACGACACGGCUGCUCAGAAGGUGUGCCACCUGAUGGGCAUGAGCGUGACAGACUUCACCCGCGCCAUCCUGUCCCCCCGUAUCAAGGUGGGCAGGGACUACGUGCAGAAGGCCCAGACCCAGGAACAGGCUGAGUUUGCAGUGGAGGCCCUGGCCAAGGCCACCUACGAGAGGAUGUUCCGCUGGCUGGUGAUGAGGAUCAACAAGGCCCUGGACAAGACCAAGAGACAGGGAGCCUCCUUCAUCGGCAUCCUGGACAUUGCUGGCUUUGAGAUCUUUGAGCUGAACUCAUUUGAGCAGCUGUGCAUCAACUACACCAACGAGAAGCUGCAGCAGCUGUUCAACCACACCAUGUUCAUCCUGGAGCAGGAGGAGUACCAGAGGGAGGGCAUCGAGUGGAGCUUCAUCGACUUCGGCCUGGACCUGCAGCCCUGCAUCGACCUCAUCGAGAAGCCUGCUAGCCCCCCUGGUAUCCUGGCCCUUUUGGAUGAGGAGUGCUGGUUCCCCAAAGCCACUGACAAGAGCUUUGUGGAGAAGGUCCUGCAGGAGCAGGGCACCCACUCUAAGUUCCACAAGCCCAAGAAACUGAAAGAUGAGGCUGACUUCUGCAUCAUUCACUACGCCGGCAAGGUGGACUACAAGGCUGACGAGUGGCUGAUGAAGAACAUGGACCCUCUGAACGACAACGUGGCCACGCUGCUCAACCAGUCCACUGACAAGUUUGUGUCUGAACUGUGGAAGGACGUGGAUCGUAUCGUGGGCCUGGAUAAGGUUGCAGGGAUGUCUGAGAUGCCUGGUGCCUUUAAGACCCGUAAGGGCAUGUUCCGCACGGUGGGCCAGCUUUACAAGGAGCAGCUGUCCAAGCUCAUGGCCACUCUGAGGAACACCAACCCCAACUUCGUCCGCUGCAUCAUCCCCAACCACGAGAAGAAGGCUGGUAAGCUAGACCCCCACCUGGUUCUGGACCAGCUGAGAUGUAAUGGUGUUCUGGAGGGGAUCCGUAUCUGCAGACAGGGCUUCCCCAAUCGUAUCGUCUUCCAGGAGUUCAGACAGAGGUAUGAGAUCCUCACUCCCAACUCCAUCCCCAAGGGCUUCAUGGAUGGCAAACAGGCCUGUGUGCUCAUGAUCAAAAGCCUGGAGCUGGAUCCCAACCUGUUCAGGAUUGGUCAGAGUAAGGUGUUCUUCAGGGCUGGAGUGCUGGCUCACCUGGAGGAGGAGAGAGACAUGAAGAUCACUGACGUCAUCAUCAGCUUCCAGGCCUGGUGCAGAGGCUACGUGGCCCGCAAGUCCUUUGCCAGGAGACAGCAGCAGCUGACUGCCAUGAAGGUGAUCCAGAGGAACUGUUCAGCCUACCUCAAACUCAGGAACUGGCAGUGGUGGAGACUCUUCACCAAGGUGAAGCCCCUGCUGCAGGUGAGCAGGCAGGAGGAGGAGAUGCAGGCCAAGGAUGAUGAGUUGAGCAAGGUGAAGGAGAGGCAGGAGUAUGCUGAGAUACAGCUGCAGGAGAUGGAGGUCAAACAGCACCAGUUGAGUGCCGAGAAGCAGGCCCUGCAGGAGCAGCUGCAGGCUGAGACGGAGUUGUGUGCCGAGGCUGAGGAGAUGAGAUCCCGUCUGGCCACUAAGAAGCAGGAGCUGGAGGAGAUCCUUCAUGACCUGGAGGCCAGAGUGGAGGAGGAAGAGGAGAGAGCCACACAUCUGCUCACAGAGAAGAAGAAGAUGCAGCAGAACAUCACAGACCUGGAGCAGCAGUUGGAUGAGGAGGAGGCUGCCAGGCAGAGACUGCAGCUGGAGAAGGUGACCACAGACUCCAAGCUGAAGAAGAUCGAGGAGGACGUCAUGGUUCUUGAAGACCAGAACAACAAACUCAUGAAGGAGAAAAAGCUCAUGGAGGAGCGUAUCUCUGAGUUCACCUCUAACCUGACGGAGGAGGAGGAGAAGUCCAAGAGCCUUCAGAAACUCAAGAACAAACACGAGGCCAUGAUCACUGACCUAGAGGACCGCCUGCGCAGGGAGGAGAAGGGCCGUCAGGAGCUGGAGAAGAACCGGCGUAAGCUGGAGGGAGACUCUACUGAUCUCCUUGACCAGAUAGCUGAGCUGCAGGCCCAGAUCGCUGAGCUCCGCGCCCAGCUGGCCAAGAAGGAGGAGGAGCUGCAGGCAGCCCUGGCCAGGAUUGAGGAGGAGGCAGCCCAGAAGAACUUGGCCCAAAAGAAGAUCCGGGAGAUGGAAGCCCAGCUGUCUGAGCUGCAGGAGGACCUGGAGCUAGAGAGGGCUGCACGCACCAAGGCUGAGAAGAACCGCAGGGACCUGGGAGAGGAGCUGGAGGCCCUCAAGACUGAGCUGGAGGACACACUGGACUCCACCGCUGCCCAGCAAGAGCUCAGGACAAAGCGUGAGACUGAGGUGAACCAGCUGAAGAAGGUUCUAGAGGAUGAAGCCAAGGUCCACGAGCAGCAGGUGCUGGAGAUGAGACUGAAACAAAGCCAGGCCUUCGACGAGCUCAACGAGCAACUGGAGCAGGCCAAGAGAAACAAGGUGUCGGUGGACAAGACUAAGCAGGCCCUGGAGAGUGAGCGUAACGAGCUGGCCAUUGAGCUGCAGACCCUGAUGCAGGGGAAGGCAGACUCUGAGCACCGCAGGAAGAAGGCUGAGGGCCAGGUCCAAGAGCUACAGGUCAAACACGGAGAGAGCGAGCGCCAGAGGAUUGAGCUGGCAGAAAGAGUGGCCAAGAUGCAGGCUGAGUUGGAGACUGUCAAUGGCUUGCUCAGUGAGGUGGAGGGUAAGUCCAUCAAAGCGUCCAAGGACUGCUCUACUGUGGGUUCUCAGCUACAGGAUGUGCAGGAGCUGCUCCAGGAGGAGACUCGUCAGAAGCUGUCCAUGGGCACUCGUCUGCGUCAGCUGGAGGAUGAACAGAACACUCUGAGAGAACAGCUGGAGGAGGAGGAGGAGGGGAAGAGGAAUGUGGAGAAGCAGCUGCUCACCGUACAGGCUCAGUUGGCAGAGAUUAAGAAGAAGUCUGAGCAGGAGGCGGGCUGUCUGGAGAGCGCAGAGGAGGGGAAGAAGAGGCUGCAGAGGGACCUGGAGGGGCUCGGCCAGCGGAUGGAGGAGAAGUGCAGUGCCUUUGAGAAACUGGACAAGACCAAGACUCGUCUGCAGCAGGAGCUGGAUGACAUGGUGGUGGACCAGGACCACCUCAGACAGAUCGUAACCAACCUGGAGAAGAAGCAGAAGAAGUUUGACCAGAUGCUGGCUGAGGAGAAGACCAUCUCAUGCCGCUAUGCUGAGGAGAGGGACAAGGCUGAGGCUGAGGCCAGGGAAAAGGAGACCCGGGCCCUGGCUCUGACCCGCGAGCUGGAAUCCCUCAUUGACAUGAAGGAUGAGAUGGACCGCGCCAACAAGCUGCUCCGUGCUGAGAUGGAGGACCUGGUCUCCUCCAAGGACGACGUUGGCAAGAGUGUACACGAGCUGGAGAAAUCCAAGCGUGGCAUGGAGCAGCAGCUGGAGGAGAUGAGGACUCAGCUGGAGGAGCUGGAGGACGAGCUGCAGGCCACGGAGGACGCCAAGCUGCGUCUGGAGGUCAACAUGCAGGCCAUGAAGGCCCAAUACGAGAGAGACCUGGCAGGACGAGAUGAGAUGGGCGAGGAGAAGAAGAGACAGCUGGUCAAACAGGUGCGGGAGAUGGAGUUGGAGUUGGAGGAUGAGAGGAAGCAGCGCUCUGUUGCCGUGGCAGCCCGUAAGAAGCUGGAGCUGGACCUGAAGGAGCUGGAGGCAGCCAUCGACAUGGCCAACAAGAACCGUGAUGAGGCCCUCAAACAGCUAAAGAAGCUCCAGGCCCAGAUGAAGGAGCUGCUGAGGGAGCUGGAGGACACUCGUAUGUCCAGAGACGAGAUCAUGGCCCAGGCCAAGGAGAACGAGAAGAAGCUCAAGAGCAUUGAGGCCGACAUGAUCCAGAUGACAGAGGAGCUGGCUUCUGCAGAGCGUGUAAAGAGACAGGCCCAGCAAGAGAGAGACGAGCUGCAGGAUGAGAUCAACAACCAGGCCGCCAAGAAUGCACUGAUUGCCGAGGAGAAAAGGAGACUGGAGGCUCAUAUCGCACAGCUGGAGGAGGAGCUGGAGGAGGAGCAGUGCAACACUGAGCUGGUCAACGAUAGGCUGAAGAGAGCUCUGCUGCAGACUGACCAGAUGACUGUGGAGCUGACGGCAGAGCGCAGUACCUCCCAGCGCCUGGAGGGGGCCCGCUCCCAGGUGGAGCGCCAGAACAAGGAGCUGAAGCUGAAGCUGCAGGAGCUGGAGGGAACCGUCAAGUCCAAGUACAAGGCCACUAUUGCCGCCCUGGAGGCCAAGAUCGCCCAGCUGGAGGAGCAGGUGGACAUCGAGACCAGGGAGAGGCAGCAGGCGUCCAAGCUGGUGCGCCGCACAGAGAAGAAGCUAAAGGAGGUCGUCCUCGCGGUGGACGACGAAAGACGCAACACAGAGCAGUACAAAGACCAGUCAGACAAGCUGAACUCUCGUAUGAAGCAGCUGAAGAGGCAGCUUGAGGAGUCUGAGGAGGAGGCCCAGAGAGCCAACGCCAACCGAAGGAAACUGCAAAGGGAGCUGGAGGACGCCACCGAGUCAGCCGAUGCCAUGAACCGUGAAGUCAGCACCCUCAAGAGCAAGCUCAGGCGUGGGGACCUCCCCUUCACCAUGCGCCGCAUUGUCAGCCGCGCAGGCAUUGAGAGCGAUGAGGAGAGCGAGCCCAAGAGCGAGACCCCCGAGCCCAAGACUGAAUGAACAGCCAGUGUUCCCUGCUGUCCAUAGGAUUGAACUGCAACAGUCAUGGAACACACACAAACUCACACAUACCACUUAAAGUAACGCAUGCACUUAGAGGGACACAAACAUCAUGAUACUGUAUGAUUUAGAGGCAGUAAAUAUACUUCACAGCCAAACCUCAGUCUCUCUUUUUAAUGGGAGACUUGACAAUCUAUGUACACUUAUAUUCCAUACAAGCCAAUACAACAGUACUUCAGACAAUCACCACACUGACAUAACUCAUACAAACUUGUGGGCCAAAUUUAUUUUGUCCUGCUUCAUUCUCUGGGGAAAAAAUUAAUGAUAUUUUUGUAAGGAAACAUUCCAUUAGAAAUAGUCUUUUUUUGGGAUCUUUUUCUAACUGAAGCAAGAACGAACGAAAUGAAGAAGGAUUACUCGAAGGGAACCAAAGUAAUAUCGCAAUCUAUAGAUUUGUAUUUUAUGCUAAAGUUUUUAUAAUGGUUAAGUAUGAAAGUACUACACGUCUAUUAUGGCUCUCGCUCGCUCUCACCUCAGUUUAUAAUGGAGGUUUAUGUGCUCAAUUGUACCGUAUUAAUUUGGCUGCGGAUAGUACUUAAAACAUGAAUAUGCUUUUGGACUUAAGAAAAUUAUAUAUCUAUAGACGCACACACAGAAUUAGAGAAACGCAUUCAUGUACAAACAUUUGAUUUGUGCUGACAAACAUUGUCUUAUUUUUGCACUGAGAUGUAUGACUCUGGAUUAGAAAUGAUAGACCACUGCAUUGGUGCAUUAAAUUGAAGACAUUGAUAAACGGCAGAUGCACUUCAAACAAGAAAAGACUAAUUCAGAGUAACUGUAUUCAUGCCAACACACACUAAAGCCUUACAGUCAAAUUCUACUGUUCAAGGUUGGUAUUUCCUGGAUCCACGUAUUUCUUUACUACUAUCAAUGUUUUUAUUGAUGCACAGGGCGACAGUUACGGGGUGGUGGGGUACUUUAUUACUCACGACACGCUGUAUUCUCAGAGCACUGCUUGGCGGGGUAUAGGGGUGGUUGAACAGAAUAAAGCAUGUUGUUGGGAUGAGUGGGACGUUGUUAAAUUUUGCAGCGCCGUGGUCUAACACAUCACAUGAUAUCCUGAUGGCAUCUUUUUACUUUCUCUGACGGGAAGAUGACUCCCUGUUGAAAUGCCUGGCCAGGUGUUAAUCCCAUGUAUUUAAGGGAUGGGGUGAGGUAGAUGAGUGAAGGUGCUUUAGGUCUGGGUGAACUGACCCCUGCAGGCUGUGCUCAGGGUUGCCUUUUUUGCUCACACUGCUGGGAAGUGAGAGGAAUUUGUUAUUAUUAAUGAUGGAUAACAGACAAAGGAUCUCUCUCUCUCGCACUUGGAAGCAAAAAAGAAAAGAUUAAAAAGAAAUCUCAAUUUUGUACUGUUCAUUUUCUCUGCAGCUCUGAAAAAAUGAAAUCUUGAGUUGUGAAUUGUUGGUAUUAUUGCAAUAAAGAUGGCUUUCUAAACUGCAA